GCCAACUUGUACAAUGUUCACUAAAUCUAGUACUUGAUAUAGUAUGGGCGCCGCUCAUAAUGAUGUAUGUGCUCUGGAUGACAGGCAACACAAACCGCAGAACAGUCCCCGUACUGAUCCUCAUUCUGCCAAUCAUCAUGAACACGAUCCCCCCGUUCCUCGCAGCCUAUUACCUCCUCGCCCUACGCUCCUAUUACACGCCCUUGGAGCGAGAGGUCACGAUCACAACUCUAGAACUCCGGUUGUAUUUCCAUUGCCAGUCAUUUGUCGAACCUCGCCUUGUUCCAGGGACGGAGGGCAGCAGUAGACACUCAGGGCAGAAUCCGAUACCAAGACCUCGAAUGGGAACAUGGCGCAGGUAUCCUUCAGAUGAUGGGCGUUGAGAACCGAGUGAUUGGAGAAUGUUGGGGCGGAGGAGAGCGAAGGUCUGCUGUCGCGAAGUGCGGAUACAGUGAUUGGGGCGAAUAGAAAAUGCUAUUCCCCCUGGAGACGAGAUAACACCCAAAGGAAGCCAUCAGAGAUGCACUGGCAAGUACAGGCAGUAAUAAUUAGGAGCGUAUGCAUUUAUUUGUAUCCAUUAGCAACCUAGCUUGAG